AUGAACAAUAAUUUGCUCAUUCUCUCAUCAUUCGAGAAUCGUACCGAUGAAUUAUUUGUUGAACAAUUAGCACUUGAUGAUUUUCAAAAUGGAUUUAUGCAAGUUUUAUUUGAAAACAAUAAAUGGAAAGGAAUCUCGAAGAGUAUCAAACUUAAUGAUGGGAUGAAAAAUUGUCAACAACUUUCAUCAUUUGUUUAUUGUUGUGAUAAUGGUUCACCCGUUGAUAGAGGAACACAUUGUUUUCGUCAAAAAUAUUUAAAUUUUGCUGAACAUUUUUAUGAGAACAAUAUGCAAAUGACUCAUAUAUGGCAAACUUUAUCAGAGGAUGAAACAGUUAUCUUACUUCAAAAUUUAACUGGCAAAUAUGGCAUAUUUGAUACCAAAAAUGGCAAUUCAAUGCCUAUUUUGGAUAAUGAAGAUUAUUCAAAUUUGAUACCCGUAGCAUUCUUCUUUGGAAUGGACAAUGCUAAAGAAUUAACUGAACUCGGUUACAAUUAUUCCAAUUUAUUACCUUUUCCCACUCAAGAUAAUUACAAAUUUUAUAUUUGCGAAUAUCUUCGUGAUUCAAAGCAUCGUUUUCUCCUACAAGAAUGUUAUGAAACAAAAUUGCUUAAAUUGGAAAAUUUUUCACACAUCAAAUUUUGUGCCAAUCCAAUCUAUCAAGCAAUCAUACAACUUCGCAAUGUUUACAAAAAUAUCAAAUGGCAAUUACAGGUAACAUAUACAGCAACAAAUGGUAUCACUGAUAAUAACAUUUACACUGUUGAUUCCGUUGAUUUAAUCACCGAUCAACAAAUUGCAAUGAUUUGCUUACCAUUUAACAUUGAUAUUUAUUUAAUUUCAAAUAAUGUUAUCGUACAUUAUGCUAUUGAUUUACCUAAAGUUGAUGGUGAAACAUUAAUUGGCAAUUAUUUUUGA